AUGGACUUGAUUGGCCGGCCGCUUGGUACACAUUCCAUUAUGGGCGGAUCCUCGCCCUGGAGCCACGUCUCAGAAACCGUUCUCCUAAUUUGGUAAGGGUCGGGCGCGGGCGGGGCGUGGAGCUGCGAGCUGCCCCGUGUGCGCUUGCGCCGAGCCAGGACUGGGCGUGUUCCUAGUUAGAGUUGCCAGUUUUGCCUUGUGCGAGUGCGUCUCUUGCCACCGGGGUGUGUUCUGCGGAAGCCGGUAGUCAAAACCCUCCCAUCCUGUUAGGUGCUACCCUCCGCGACCAUGUCUAAGUCUCUGAAAAAGUUGGUGGAGGAGAGCCGCGAGAAGAACCAGCCGGAAGUGGACAUGAGUGACCGGGGCAUCUCCAGCAUGCUGGAUGUCAACGGCUUGUUCUCUUUGUCCCAUAUCACUCAACUGGUUCUCAGUCACAACAAGCUAACAACUGUGCCAGCGAACAUAGCAGAACUGAAGAACUUGGAAGUGCUUAACUUUUUUAAUAACCAGAUUGAGGAGCUGCCCACUCAGAUCAGCAGCCUCCAAAAACUCAAACACCUGAACCUUGGCAUGAAUAGGCUAAACACUUUGCCUCGAGGAUUUGGCUCUCUACCAGCUCUUGAGGUCCUUGACUUGACUUACAACAACUUGAAUGAAAAUUCUCUUCCAGGAAACUUCUUCUACCUUACCACCCUGCGUGCACUCUAUCUAAGUGACAACGAUUUUGAAAUCCUGCCGCCAGAUAUUGGGAAGCUCACAAAGUUGCAGAUACUCAGCCUUAGGGAUAACGACCUCAUCUCACUGCCUAAGGAAAUUGGGGAGCUUACUCAGCUUAAGGAGCUCCACAUUCAGGGGAACCGCCUGACCGUUCUGCCCCCGGAACUAGGUAAGUUUUCCUUACAAGGAAAAAAAAAGUAGUUUGAGUUGGACAACAAUCCUUGGGUUACCCCUAUUGCUGACCAAUUCCAGCUUGGCGUGUCCCAUGUUUUUGAAUACAUCCGUUCUGAGACAUACAAGUACCUCUACGGCAGACACAUGCAGGCAAACCCAGAACCGCCAAAGAAGAAUAAUGACAAAUCGAAAAAGAUCAGCCGGAAACCCCUGACAGCCAAGAACAAAUAAGGCCUUGGCAUGGGCUGGGCUUCUGGACUUUCUCUCACUAUCACUCUGGCUUCUCUUGCUCUGUCGUACGAACGAAUACAAUGUGUGUGUGUCUGGUUUGUUUGGUUUUUUUUAUUUUAUUUUUUUUUUCCUUUUCUUUUCACUGUCUUCUUUCAUGUCCUUACCACCUUACCUUUUAAAUUCUUUCUUUUGGUAGGUGGCAGAUUUUUGUAAGUUCUUAAAACCAUUUCCAUUUGUUUCCUUAGAAUUGUCAAAGGCAGGAAACAAAGCUGUAAUUCAACUGCAAAUUCCAUAAUAGGCACAGGUUUCAAUUCCUUGAAUAGACAUCACAAAGUUGCUUAUUAUCACAAGAAUAAUUAAGGUCGUGUAACCAUUUAAAUGUCACAGUUAACACUUUUCACCCUUCUGUUUAUUCACAUAAGUCAUGAUUUUGCUUUAUUAAGUUUUCCUUCACUACUGAGAUAUUCUGUUAGUUUAAUUUCUAAAUGAUUUUAAUAAAAUCUUAAAUUUAUAUCACAUGUUGCUUCUUUAAUAGGAUAAAGGACAGUCUGAUCUUGGGGGAUCCACAUUUUUGUUUACUUUUUUCCCCGAAAAUUAUCUUGUCCAAUUUUAUUGGUUGUAGAAGAUAAAACCCUCAAACUUUCCAUGAAAAAAAAAGCAAAAUUAAAUCAGAGUUAGUUUCUUCUGACAUCGAUUUUGUCAAGCUUUUUUUUUCUUUGAAGUCAGUUUCUAAAUUAGGAAGGAGCAGAAAAACAAAUCUCUAGGAGAUUCUGCCAAAAGAUUUUGGAGAGCAUCUUUGCUAGCUGAAGAAAUGGGAACUUCUGCCAGUGGCUGGUAGACAAAGAGCUGUGGAACUGAGAGAGAAGAAAACUCAAGUAUGUUUUUUGGCAGUACAGAAGAUGUGCUCAUAUCGAAGCAUCCUUCCUCUAAGUGACUUGAGUGUGCCAAAGAAGUGGUUUAAAUGUGCGCACUACACACCACACCCAGCAUAGAAACUGCAGUUGCAGAGUCAUUAAACAGCCGAUUGUUUAACAUCUGCAAUAGGCAGCUUUCGUUCUUAUCGACAGUAAUAUGUAUGCAGAUGAAAAUAAUCUGAG